AUGCUUGAUGACCCCGAAAACAUGCUGAGUUGCGGGCUUGACGAGCACAAUGCCGUGACCCCACGCACCAAUGCCAAUUUUCAUCCACGUGACUGGCCAAAUUGGAGGAAGAUACUUGUCAUCAUUACUGGCUUGCUCAUGGUCAUGCACAGCACCAUCAGCUCCUCGUUACCCGGCAAUGCAGGCAACUCGAUAAGAUUGGCUUUCCCGGAGACAACAGACCUCCGGUUGGUUCUUCCGGUAUCCAUUUACCUCGUUGGAUUCGUACUAGGGCCAGCUUUUCUUGGGCCAAUGAGUGAGGUCAAAGGUCGCAGGCCUGUAUUACUCGCUACCUUUGUCCUCUACAUUAUCUUCACACUUGCGUGUGCUCUUGCACCUUCCUUUCCGGCGCUGCUGGUGUUCCGGCUGCUCUAUGGGACGAAUGCUGCUGCCCCUGUCGCCAUCGUUGGAGGUGUCUACGCAGACAUGUACUCAACCCCACGUGAGCGUGGCUGGUGCAUUGCAUUGCUGAUGGCCGUCACCAAUCUCGGACCAUGUCUGGGGCCUAUCAUCACAGGUUGUGUCUCUCCCAUUUCAUGGCGUUGGUCGUACUGGGUUAGUCUGAUCCUGGCCGGAUCAACACUCCCUCUCGUUCUUUGGCUACCGGAGACUUCUGUUCCGGUCCUCCAAGAAAAGGGGAUUUUAGACGCUAACCACGGCUGUCCGGAAACUGAUCUGGGUUCCUCUGGAUCAGAAAUCAAGAAGGGGACUGGGCGCCACCUCUCUCUGGCUACAUUCACGAAAUCAUUUCCAAUGUUGUUCUCAGAGAGCAUCUUGAUCAUCUUCUACCUGUAUCUUCAGGCAUACCCGGUCAUAUUCCAAGGCUCGGAUAGUAUCUACAAGCUCAGCACUCGGACCACUGGCCUGGCAUUCUUGCCAAUUGGGGUCGGGGCUCUUCUGUCUGGCGUUUUUUAUGUGCUCUGGGAUAUAUACCUUGAAAGAAGUCUCAAAUUUGGAAAGCCAUGGACAAAGAAGGAGGAAAUGCGGCGUUUGCCACUUGCUUGCGCUGGUGGACCCAUCUUCGUGGUUGCCAGCAUUCUCUUUGGCAUAGGAUUUGUGAGGAUCUUCAUUGCCAUGUUGAAUUAUAUCACGGACGCCUAUGCGAUUUAUGCGGCCUCUGCGCAUGGCGUGGCUUCGACGUGUCGAAGCAUCUUUGGCGCUUUGCUGCCUCUUGCUGGCAGGAGAAUGUACAAGACGUUGGGUGUCGGAUGGGCGAGCACUCUUCUCGGUAUCUGUGGACUGUUUCUAGCGGCCGUACCAUUUGUGUUCAUCAAGUACGGCCCUAGUAUUCGUUCAAGAAGCAAGUUUGCUAGAGAAAUACAAGAGGCAAAACAUAGGGGCUAA